ACGAUGAUGUGUCUUACAUUACAAUUCAACUGUGCAUGUGACCACGUGGGCAAUGAUCCAUGUUUGUUUGAAUGAUAUACAUAUAGCGGCGAACCGGUUUCAUCGACGAUCGUCGCGGACCGAUCGCAUGCGGUCGCCAGUCACUACCUGUUGCCGAUCUCAACGCACCUUCGAUGCUCUGUGCGCGCUAGGUCUUGGUGCUUGGAAAAUGUACAGCCAACGAAGUCUGAUGCCUACGACCAAACUACCUACUGUCAGUCCCGGGUACGAGGACACGGUGAAAUCGCUGAACAGCUUGCAGAGUAACGCGGCUUACAUAAACGCGAGGAAACGAAAUGCAACGACGCCCAACACCACUUUGCAAGACACCGAGAAGUACUUGAUCCGGUCAGGUCUGAGCUUGGAACAGUUGGAGAGCCUGUCGGUGAUCCACGUGGCCGGCACCAAGGGCAAGGGCUCGUGCUGCGCCUUCGUCGAGGCAAUACUACGGGAGCACGGUUUUCGCACGGGUUUUUACAGCUCGCCCCAUUUGGUAUCGGUGCGCGAGCGCAUUCGCAUCAACGGCCAACCGAUCGGCGAGCUCGACUUCAGCCGGCACUUUUGGCACGUCUUCGGUACCCUAGAUCGGCUCAAAGAUGACGAACAGGACAUGCCCCAGUACUUCAAGUUUCUCACCAUUCUCAUGUUCCACAUGUUCGUCAAGGCUAACGUUGAUGUUGCCAUUCUCGAGGUCGGUAUCGGCGGGGAACACGAUUGCACGAACAUCGUCACCAACACCGUGUGCGCGGGCGUAACGAGCCUCGCUUUGGAUCACACCUCGCUUCUGGGUGACACGAUCGAGGCAAUAGCUUACCAAAAAUCGGGCAUCUUCAAACCCGGGGCUCUAGCAUUCACAGUUAUUCAGUCCAGGGAGGCAAUGGAUGUGCUGCUAAGUCGGGCACGGGAGAGAAAUUGCACGCUCAGCCAAGUGCCCAGUCUUGACAGCUAUCCUUGGCGAAAGUCUGUGCCGACAUUAGGUAUUCGGAGCGACGUGCAGAAGGAGAACGCCUCGUUGGCCAUCCAGCUGGCUUCUACCUGGCUCGCGCGCCACGGACGCAACGGUAGACGCUUGAGUGUUCUUGGGAGCGCGGAAAACAAAAUCGGCACACGGCUCAACGGCAAGUACGUUGCAACCGAUGAGACACCUCAGAAAAAAUCAAGCUUGUGCUUUGCGAAGGUUGCCACGGCACUUGAGUCGUGCAAGUGGCCUGGUCGUACGCAGUACUUGCCGGGAAGGACGAUUGAUUUUUACGUUGACGGGGCUCACACCGAAGAAAGCAUUGAGUGUUGCGUCACAUGGUUUCAAAGUAUCGUCAAAGAUCCUCGGCGAAAUAGAAGGUACCUCAUGUUUAACAGUACGGGCGACAGAGACUCGGCUAAAUUACUAGCGCCUCUGAAAUGUUUGGGAUUUAGAAAAGCCUUCUUCGUGCCAAAUGUUGCUGGUCACCUUGCCUCGGUAGAUCAAGAGAAUUACAAUAUGCCUAUCACCAAACAAAUGGAAAAGUGCCGAUUUCACGCCGAAUUUUGGGGUGACGAUUCAGUAUUAUCCAACAGUGUGUUCGACGCACUCAUGCAGAUCAGGAAUGAUGACCAAGUUCAUAAAACAAGUGCGGAAAGUUAUAAGCCACAGCUGCUGGUCACUGGAUCUUUGCAUCUGGUGGGCGCACUCUUGUCUAUCGUCGAUCCGGAAUUAAUCAUGUCUACGAAUUUUUGAUUAUGGCAGUUGUUUUAUAUUUUUAUAUUUAUGUAAAUACUAUAAUUAACAACAUGUUGCUUGAUUACACGUGUAUUGCUGUAAAUAUCGGUUAUUAUUAGAAAUAAAAAUAAGCAACACUUGUAUGUAGCUAAGAAUUUGGAGUAUAAUGUUACUAUUGAUAAGAUCUUCAACGUUACAGUGCUAAAUAAAUUUUUACAUUUGUAGAUAGUGUUACGUACGAUAGCAUAUAGCUAUGCUAUCGUACGUAUCGUGCUUCUAUUUAUUCCCGCACCGAGAAUCCCACGUAACAAUAGUUUUAUCCAUUACCUACGGUUAUUAUUGAUGUGUACUAUAGUUUUACAUGAAAAUCAUAAUGUACAUAAUCAUUCAAGUAGAACAUUAAAUAGUUUAAAUCAUUAUGUCAGAUUAUGAAUUUCAGGAGUA